AUGCCGUCAUUUAAUUAAGAGACUCAAUUGACCAUUCUUAAAUCUAAGACUUAAAAGACCUAAAAGACCCCAAUUCUGUAAUCGUGGAAAUAAUUUAUCCUUUAGAAAAACAUCAGGUAAAGCCUCUUUAUCUUAUUGGAAUAUCCGGAAGUGCAAGAUGUGGUAAAGGCACUUUAGCCUAAUAAUUGUGUAUAACAUUAAAUGCUGAUGUAAUACACUAAAACAGGUUUUAUGACUAGGAAAAGAUAUAUAAAGAACUAGAUGGAAAUUGGGAAAAAUACGAAAGUAUUAAAUGGAAAAAUUACAAAGAACAUAUACUUAAUGAAAUCUAAAAAAAAAAAAAAACUGGAGGAUAUCUUAUUAUUGAAGGUUGUUAACUAUAUAGAGAAGAAUGGCUAAAUGAAAUUCUUGAUUUAAAGCUUUUUAUUGAUUUGGAUGAGAUUUCUAUGUAUGUGA